CGCCGCCCUAGCAACAAGCUGCAUAGAUAAAACAUCCGCCCUGUUUUACCCAUCAUCAGCGGGUCCCGUUUAGGAAUAAGGACAUUUUAACGUGGGCUUUUCCCCCUUUUUUAAAUGGACAAUUUGCAAACAGGGGAUCCACGGUAUCUGAAAAGGAAAGUGAAGGGCUGUACUCUCGAUGUACACCCCACUGAGAGGGCUCUUAUCGUUCAAUAUGAGGUGGAGGCCACUGUCCUGGGAGAGCUGGGGAUCCCAAUGGUUGGAGAACGCAAAGAGUGUCAGAAAAUUAUUCGUCUAAAAAGCCUGAACGCCCACACAGAUACGGCCUCUUUGGCCCGAAAGGUCGUGGAGGAAUGUCGACUGAUUCACUCUUCCAAACUCCUCGAGGUGGAGCAGCUGCUCUUUUAUUUGCAAAACCGCAAACAGUCAAAUGACAACCAAGAGAAGAAACACAUCUCAUCUCGAGAGCUCAAACCUUACACAGGAGUGGAGCUGGACGAGGAGGCAAGCAUCAACAGCAUCGAUGAGUAUGUGGAGCUGCUGUAUGAAGACAUCCAGGAGAAGAUCAGAGGAGCCACCCUCAUCUUCCAACUAGCUCGAAACCCAGACAACCUGGAGGAACUCAUACAAAACGAGGCGGCCAUUGGAGCCCUGGCCAGAGUAUUGAGGGAGGACUGGAAGCAGAGCGUGGACCUGGCAACAACCAUCAUCUAUGUCUUUUUCUGCUUCUCCAGUUUCUCCCAGUUCCAUGGCCUGGUCACACAUUUCAAGAUCGGAGCCCUGUGUAUGAAUAUUAUUGAGCAUGAGCUGAAGAGAUAUGACCUCUGGCAAGACGAACUACAGAAGAAGAAAAAGGCCUAUGAAGAAUUCUCUGAGAACCAAAAUCUGAAAAAGGAACAUGAGAAGUCUUUUAGAAAGUACCAGAGCCUUCUGAUCAAACAAGAGCAUCUUCUCAGAGUUGCUCUGGGCCUGCUGCUGAACCUGGCUGAAGACACCCGCACAGAGCUGAAGAUGAGGAAUAAAAACAUCGUCCACAUGCUGGUGAAGAUCCUCGACCGGGAGGACGAGGAGCUGCUUUUGGUGGUUGUCUCCUUCCUCAAGAAGCUCUCCAUCUUCCUGGAGAACAAGAAUGAUAUGGCUGAAACGUUUGCCGUGGAGAAGCUGGCUCGGCUGGUUCCCUGCGAGCACGAGGAGCUCCUGAGCACCAACCUACGCCUCCUGCUCAACCUCUCCUUCGACACGACGCUGCGCAGCCACAUGGUCCAGGCAGGACUCCUUCCCAGAUUCUCGUCACUGCUCGCUGACGAGGGCCAGAGACAGCUCAGCAUGUGCAUUCUGUACCACAUCAGCAUGGACGACAGAUUCAAGUCCAUGUUUGCCGACACAGACUGCAUACCGCAGCUGAUGAAGAUGCUGUGUGACUGUGUGGAGAAGGAGAUAGAUGUGGAGCUCAUCUCGCUCUGCAUCAACCUGGCUGCUAACAAGAGUAAUGCGCGUAUCAUCUGUGAAGGCAACGGUCUGAAGAGAUUGAUGAAGCGUGCUCUGAAGCUAAAGGAUGUUCUGAUGAUGAAGAUGAUCAGAAACCUUUCUCAGCACAACGGACCCACCAAGAGCCUCUUCCUGGACCAUGUGGGUGAGCUGGCAGCUCAGAUCAGUGAGGAGGAGGCGGAGGAGUUUGUGAUCGAGUCUCUGGGCACGCUGGCCAAUCUCACUAUCCCCGACCUGGACUGGCAGCUUGUACUAAAGGAGUUCAACCUGGUGCCCUACCUGAAAGACAGACUGAAACCAGGGUCUGCUGAGGAUGACCUCAUUCUGGAGGUGGUGAUCAUGAUCGGCACCGUCUCCAUGGAUGACUCGUGUGCAGCCAUGCUGGCCAAGUCUGGCAUCAUUCCUGCACUCAUCGAGCUUCUAAAUGCCCAACAGGAGGAUGAUGAGUUUGUGUGUCAGAUUGUCUACGUUUUCUACCAGAUGGUGUUCCACAAAGCUACCAGAGACGUCAUAGUCAAAGACACGCAAGCCCCUGCAUACCUCAUUGACCUGAUGCACGACAGCAACACAGAGAUCCGCAAAGUCUGCGACAACACGCUGGAUAUCAUCGCUGAAUAUGACGAGGAGUGGGGAAAGAAGAUCCAGAACGAGAAGUUCCGCUGGUACAACGGUCAGUGGCUGGAGAUGGUGGAGAACCGUCCGUUGGAUGAAGCGGGAGAGCCCUUCCUGUUCGGGGAGGACGGAGAGUCCUUCAUCGGGGAGAGAGACAUCAUGGAGAGGCCCGACCUGUUCUACAGCCCUGAUGGGAUCACGUCAACGGACGGGGCCAUCAGUCCGGAGUUCUACACCGACCUCCAGGAUGGAGAGCUGGGACAGUCCGGGUACAUGAGCAGGUAUUGA